CCUGACAUAGUGACAUAACGCCUCCAAAAUAUCGCAGCAGAACCUUUAUAUUCUCUCACUAAAAGAUCUCCUCUCUGUCUCUCACGCACUCUUCUUUUCGCUCUCACUAGUCUCAGCCUAAACCCUAAUUCUCUCUCUCCUUUCUCUAUAUAUUCUCGAGCAUAUACAGAGGCAGCACAAAUCAUAUUUCAUAUUUGUUUAUAAUUUGAGCCAAUGGAUGUUUUAGCAGGGCAGAAUAAGCAGAAAGAGCAAGACUUUUUGGUGGCUUCAAUUUCGCAGCUUUCGAUUUUGAACAGUACUUCACCGCGGGUGGUUGCAAAAUUCCACUACGAUUCUGGAGUUGCGGAGCUCCGUUUCGACCCGGAAUCCGACCCGAAUGGCUCUGUUCACUUCGAUCUCCACACUUCUCGGCUUUUCAAGUUAAGUCCACUUCAAUCAGUAUGUAUAUCUGAAGCUUCUGAAAUGGAUAAAGAGAAAAGCUAUUCCAGGGGAAUCUCCAUUCAAUUUAUAAAUGAGGAGGAAAGUGGGAACUUCCAUUGUGCAUUUGAGCAAUGGAAGAAGGAAGUGGUCGUUCAAGGAUCAAAUUUGCCAAAUGGGACAGUAUCAUUAUCUAAAAGCAAGUUUGAUGACAAAAUAGAGGAAUCCUCCGCUAAAAUGUACUUUCAUUACUACGGACAACUUCUGCACCAGCAAAAUAUGAUGCAAGAUUACGUGAGGACAGGAAGUUAUUAUGCUGCAGUCAUGGAGAACCGUGUGGACUUUGUUGGCCGUGUAGUUGUUGAUGUUGGUGCUGGUAGUGGCAUUUUGUCAUUAUUCGCUGCUCAGGCUGGUGCAAGACAUGUUUAUGCUGUGGAAGCUUCCGAAGUGGCAGAAUAUGCUCGUAAGCUUAUAGCUGGUAAUCCGUCGCUUGGCCAAAGGAUCACGGUAAUUAAGGGUAAGAUUGAAGAGGUUGAAUUACCUGAGAAAGCAGAUAUUUUGAUCUCUGAGCCAAUGGGAACUUUACUAGUGAAUGAGAGAAUGUUGGAGUCCUACAUAAUUGCAAGAGAUCGAUUUCUUGUUCCAAAUGGAAAAAUGUUUCCAACUAUAGGAAGAAUACAUAUGGCGCCAUUUAGCGAUGAGUAUUUGUACAUGGAAAUUGCAAAUAAAGCUUUGUUUUGGCAGCAACAAAAUUAUUAUGGUGUUAAUAUGACUCCUUUGCAAAGUACUGCAUUUCAAGGAUACUUUUCACAGCCAGUAGUGGAUGCCUUUGAUCCUAGACUAUUGGUGGCUCCUGCAAUCUCACAUGUGAUAGACUUCACUUCUACAAAGGAAGAAGAAUUGUAUGAAAUUGACAUCCCAUUGAAAUUUGUAUCUUCAGUGGGCACUAGAGUCCAUGGGUUGGCUUGCUGGUUUGACGUGUUGUUCAAUGGGAGCACUGUGCAAAGGUGGCUUACCACUGCUCCUGGUGCACCUACAACACACUGGUACCAGCUGCGUUGUGUUCUCGCCCAACCAAUUUAUGUGAUGCCUGGACAAGAGAUAGUUGGUCGACUCCAUAUGGUUUCGCAUAAAGCUCAGAGUUACACCCUUCACCUCACGUUGUCAGCUAAAAUGUGGGGCCCCGGUGCUGAGCUAGGAGGAAUACUUCAGACGUCAUCCGGAAAACUUGAUCUCAAAGAGCCCUAUUAUCGGAUCUCUCAACCACAGGCCUAUCCUUCGACACAAGAUCAACAACCAAAUCAUCUAUUACUAACACAGGAUAUGCAAUUACAACCUCAAGACGAAGAGGGGUCGGAUUUGAUGCCACAAGCACUACUGCAGGACUCCGGUGCUGAGCUACACUCGUUCUGAUGAAUGAUUCUCUUACGCACACAUAUUUGCAAAUUUAUUAUAAUCCACUGCUUAGGUACUCGGUGUAAUCAAAUGCUUAGGUUUUUACCCUUCUAUUUUUUGUGUUGUAAAUCAGAUUUUUUUUUUUUUUUAGGCAGUUUAUUGUGUUCGGAGUGCAAAACUAUCUGUGAUGAUGAAUAAUGAUCUGAAUCCAAAUCAAAUUUGAGCAUCUUUGUUUAA